UACCGCCAUCAUGUCCGACACGGAGAGCGACGAAGAUUCUGCACUUGAUGGCCCAUUUUCUUUAACCGGUUUUCUUUUCGGCAACAUCAAUGGAGCUGGGCAGCUGGAAGGGGAAAGCGUCUUGGAUGAUGAGUGUAAGAAGCACCUAGCAGGCCUGGGUGCUUUGGGUCUGGGCAGCCUGAUCACUGAACUCACUGCCAAUGAAGAAUUGACUGGAACGGAUGGUGCCUUGGUAAAUGAUGAAGGCUGGAUUAGGAGUACAGAAGAUGCUGUGGACUAUUCAGAUAUCAAUGAGGUAGCAGAAGAUGAAAGCCGAAGAUACCAGCAGACAAUGGGAAGCUUGAAGCCUCUUUGCCACACAGACUAUGAUGAAGAUGACUAUGAUGCUGAUUGUGAAGACAUUGAUUGUAAGCUAAUGCCUCCCCCACCUCCACCCCCAGGACCAAUAAAGAAAGAUAAAGACCAGGAUGCUAUUAGCGAUGUGUCUGAAGAUGGAGAAGGCAUCAUCUUGCCCUCCAUCAUUGCCCCUUCCUCUUUGGCCUCAGAGAAAGUGGACUUCAGUAGUUCCUCUGACUCAGAAUCUGAGAUGGGACCUCAAGAAGUAGCACAGGCAGAAUGUGAGGAUGGAAAGCUGACUCUACCAUUGGCGGGGAUUAUGCAGCAUGAUGCCACAAAGCUGUUGCCAAGUGUCACAGAACUUUUUCCUGAAUUUCGGCCUGGAAAGGUAUUACGCUUCUUACGUCUUUUUGGACCAGGGAAAAAUAUUCCAUCUGUUUGGCGGAGUGCUCGGAGAAAGAGAAAGAAGAAGCACCGUGAACUGAUACAGGAAGAGCAGAUCCCUGAGGUGGAGUCCUCAGUAGAAGUAGAAAUGAGCCAGAAAUCUUUGUGGAACUAUGACUAUGCUCCACCACCACCUCCAGAGCAGUGUCUUUCUGAUGAUGAAAUCACAAUGAUGGCUCCUGUUGAGUCGAAGUUUUCCCAGUUAACUGGAGAUACAGAUAAAGUGAUGGAUACAAAACCAAGAGUGGCUGAGUGGCGUUAUGGGCCUGCUCGACUGUGGUAUGACAUGCUGGGUGUCCCUGAAGAUGGCAGUGGGUUUGAUUAUGGCUUCAAACUGAGAAAGAAUGAGCAUGAACCUGUGAUAAAAUGCAGGAUGAUGGAGGAUUUAAAAAAGCUUGAAGAAAGCAAUGGAAUUGAUCUUCUGGCUGAUGAAAAUUUUUUGAUGGUGACUCAACUGCAUUGGGAAGAUGAUAUCAUCUGGGAUGGGGAGGAUGUCAAACAUAAAGAGACAAAACCUCAGCGGGCAAGCUUGGCAGGAUGGCUUCCUUCCAGCAUGACUAGAAAUGCCAUGGCUUACAAUGUUCAGCAAGGUUUUACAGCUACUUUGGAUGAUGACAAACCUUGGUAUUCCAUUUUUCCCAUUGACAAUGAGGAUUUGGUAUAUGGACGCUGGGAAGAUAAUAUCAUUUGGGAUGCUCAAGCUAUGCCCUGCUUGUUGGAACCUCCUGUUUUGACUCUUGAUCCCAAUGAUGAGAAUCUUAUUUUAGAAAUUCCUGAUGAGAAGGAAGAAGCCACUUCUAAUUCUCCCUCCAAAGAAAGUAAGAAAGAAUCAUCUCUGAAGAAGAGUCGAAUUCUCUUGGGGAAAACAGGAGUUAUUAAGGAGGAACCACAACAGAACAUGUCUCAACCAGAAGUGAAAGAUCCAUGGAAUCUCUCAAAUGAUGAGUAUUACUACCCCAAACAACAAGGCCUUCGAGGGACUUUUGGAGGAAAUAUUAUCCAGCAUUCAAUUCCUGCUGUGGAAUUACGGCAGCCCUUCUUUCCUACCCACAUGGGACCCAUCAAACUCCGACAGUUCCAUCGUCCACCACUGAAAAAGUAUUCCUUUGGGGCAUUAUCUCAGCCAGGCCCCCAUGCAGUUCAGCCUUUACUAAAGCACAUCAAAAAGAAAGCCAAGAUGAGAGAACAAGAGAGACAAGCUUCAGGUGGUGGAGAAAUGUUUUUUAUGCGCACACCUCAGGACCUUACAGGCAAAGAUGGAGACCUUAUUCUUGCAGAAUACAGUGAGGAAAAUGGGCCCUUAAUGAUGCAAGUUGGCAUGGCGACCAAGAUAAAAAACUAUUACAAACGAAAACCUGGAAAAGAUCCUGGAGCUCCAGAUUGUAAAUAUGGGGAAACUGUUUACUGCCAUACAUCUCCUUUUCUGGGCUCUCUCCAUCCUGGCCAAUUACUACAGGCUUUUGAGAACAACCUUUUUCGUGCUCCAAUUUAUCUGCAUAAGAUGCCAGAAACUGACUUCUUGAUCAUUAGAACAAGACAGAGUUACUAUAUUCGGGAACUGGUGGAUAUUUUUGUGGUUGGCCAGCAGUGUCCCUUGUUUGAAGUUCCUGGGCCCAACUCAAAAAGGGCCAAUACGCAUAUUCGAGACUUUCUACAGGUUUUUAUUUAUCGCCUCUUUUGGAAGAGUAAAGAUCGGCCACGGCGAAUCCGAAUGGAGGAUAUAAAAAAAGCCUUUCCUUCCCAUUCAGAAAGCAGCAUCAGAAAGAGGCUAAAGCUUUGUGCUGACUUCAAACGCACAGGGAUGGACUCAAACUGGUGGGUAUUGAAGUCUGAUUUUCGUUUACCAACAGAAGAGGAGAUUAGAGCUAUGGUAUCACCAGAACAGUGCUGUGCAUAUUAUAGCAUGAUAGCUGCAGAGCAGCGAUUGAAGGAUGCUGGCUAUGGAGAAAAGUCAUUUUUUGCUCCAGAAGAAGAAAACGAGGAAGAUUUCCAAAUGAAGAUUGAUGAUGAAGUUCGAACUGCUCCUUGGAAUACCACAAGAGCUUUCAUUGCUGCCAUGAAGGGGAAAUGUCUACUGGAGGUGACUGGUGUGGCAGAUCCCACAGGCUGUGGUGAAGGAUUCUCCUAUGUGAAGAUUCCAAACAAACCAACACAGCAGAAGGAUGAUAAGGAGCCUCAGCCAGUGAAGAAGACUGUGACAGGAACAGAUGCAGACCUUCGUCGCCUUUCUUUGAAAAAUGCCAAGCAACUUCUCCGUAAAUUUGGUGUGCCUGAGGAAGAGAUUAAAAAAUUGUCCCGUUGGGAAGUUAUUGAUGUGGUACGCACAAUGUCAACAGAACAAGCUCGUUCUGGAGAGGGGCCCAUGAGUAAAUUUGCCCGGGGAUCAAGGUUUUCUGUGGCUGAACAUCAAGAGCGUUACAAAGAGGAAUGUCAGCGCAUCUUUGACCUUCAAAACAAGGUUUUGUCAUCAACAGAACUAUUAUCAACUGACACAGACAGCAGCUCAGCUGAAGAUAGUGACUUUGAAGAAAUGGGAAAAAAUAUUGAGAAUAUGUUGCAGAACAAGAAAACCAGCUCGCAGCUAUCACGUGAACGGGAGGAACAGGAGAGGAAGGAACUACAGCGGAUGCUACUUGCUGCAGGCUCAGCAGGAGGAGGAAAUAAUCACAGAGAUGAUGACACAGCUUCUGUGACUAGCCUUAACUCCUCUGCCACUGGCCGCUGUCUGAAGAUAUAUCGCACUUUUCAAGAUGAAGAGGGUAAAGAGUAUGUUCGAUGUGAGACGGUCCGAAAACCAGCUGUCAUGGAUGCCUAUGUGCGCAUACGGACCACAAAAGAUGAAGAAUUCAUUCGAAAAUUUGCCCUUUUUGAUGAGCAGCAUAGAGAAGAGAUGCGAAAAGAACGGCGAAGGAUUCAGGAGCAACUGAGGAGGCUUAAACGGAACCAGGAAAAGGAAAAGCUUAAAGGUCCUCCUGAGAAGAAGCCCAAAAAAAUGAAGGAACGCCCUGACCUAAAACUAAAAUGUGGAGCCUGUGGUGCCAUUGGACACAUGAGGACAAACAAAUUCUGCCCCCUUUAUUACCAAACAAAUGCUCCACCUUCCAACCCUGUUGCUAUGACUGAGGAGCAGGAGGAAGAGUUGGAAAAGACAGUCAUUCAUAAUGAUAAUGAAGAACUUAUCAAGGUUGAAGGGACCAAGAUUGUGUUAGGGAAACAGCUAAUUGAGAGUGCGGAUGAAGUUCGCAGAAAAUCUCUGGUUCUAAAGUUCCCUAAACAACAGCUUCCUCCCAAAAAGAAACGACGGGUUGGAACCACAGUUCACUGUGACUAUUUGAACAGACCUCAUAAAUCUAUCCACCGGCGCCGGACUGACCCUAUGGUGACACUAUCAUCUAUCUUGGAGUCUAUCAUCAAUGACAUGAGAGACCUUCCAAAUACAUACCCUUUCCACACUCCAGUCAAUGCAAAGGUUGUAAAAGACUACUAUAAAAUCAUCACUCGACCAAUGGAUCUCCAAACACUCCGUGAAAAUGUGCGCAAACGCCUCUACCCAUCUCGGGAAGAGUUUAGGGAGCAUUUGGAGCUAAUUGUGAAAAAUAGCGCAACCUACAAUGGGCCGAAACACUCGUUGACCCAGAUUUCUCAGUCCAUGCUGGAUCUCUGUGAUGAAAAGCUUAAAGAGAAAGAAGACAAAUUAGCUCGUUUGGAGAAAGCAAUCAAUCCAUUGCUAGAUGAUGAUGACCAGGUGGCAUUUUCUUUCAUUCUGGACAAUAUUGUAACUCAGAAAAUGAUGGCAGUUCCAGAUUCUUGGCCAUUUCAUCACCCAGUUAAUAAGAAGUUUGUUCCAGAUUAUUAUAAGGUAAUCGUCAACCCAAUGGAUUUAGAGACUAUACGUAAGAAUAUUUCCAAGCACAAAUACCAGAGUCGGGAGAGCUUUCUAGAUGAUGUAAACCUUAUUCUGGCCAACAGUGUUAAGUACAAUGGCUGGCUUCAAACCUCGGUCUUCCAGAUCGCAGCUUCCCAGUAUGAUGAACAUCUGACUCAACUUGAAAAGGAUAUUUGUACAGCUAAAGAAGCUGCUUUGGAGGAAGCAGACUUAGAAAGUCUGGACCCAAUGACGCCAGGGCCCUACACACCUCAGCCUCCUGAUUUGUAUGAUACUACCACAUCCCUCAGUAUGUCUCGAGAUGCCUCUGUAUUUCAAGAUGAGAGUAGUCUGUCUGUUCUGGAUAUUCCCACUGCUACACCAGAAAAGCAGGUAAUACAGGAAGGUGAAGAUGGAAAUGAUGCUGUUGCAGAUGAAGAAGGAACUGUGCAACAGCCUCAAUCUAGUGUCCUUUAUGAGGAUUUGCUUAUGUCUGAAGGAGAAGAUGAUGAGGAAGAUGCUGGAACUGAUGAAGAAGGCGAUAACCCUUUCUCUGCUAUUCAGCUGAGUGAAAGUGGAAGUGACUCUGAUGUGGGAACCAGUGGUAUAAGACCCAAACAGCCCCGCAUGCUUCAGGAGAACACGAGGAUGGGGAUGGAAAAUGAAGAAAGUAUGAUGUCCUAUGAGGGAGACGGUGGGGAGACUUCUCAUGGUUUGGAAGAUAGCAACAUCAGUUAUGGGAGCUAUGAGGAGCCUGAUCCCAAGUCGAACACCCAAGACACAAGCUUCAGCAGCAUCGGUGGGUAUGAGGUAUCAGAGGAGGAAGAAGAUGAGGAGGAAGAGCAGCGCUCUGGUCCAAGUGUACUAAGCCAGGUCCACCUGUCAGAGGACGAGGAGGACAGUGAGGAUUUCCACUCCAUUGCUGGGGACAGUGACUUGGACUCUGAUGAAUGAGGAUUCCUUUGGGUCUCCUUAGUCAGCCUUCCUUGUUCUCCAGCCUAGGUGAUUCACCUUUCCCCAAUUUGUUAUAUUUGUACAAUGUCUGAUCCUGAAAUUAUAGAUUUAACACUUUACUUUUAAUAAUAAGUAAAUGAUAAUAAUCACCUCUCCUGAUCUUGUUGGGGCAGUGUCACCUAUUGAUUUAAAGCAACUUCCUUCCCCUUAGCACUAACAAAAAAAAAAGAAAGAAACCUUACUAUUCUCCAUUGCCAUCCAUGAAUGCCAUUUAUUGAUACUGGCAUAAUUUUUCCCUGAGGAUGGAGAAGACAUUAUGAAAGAAUAGUAAAUAGUAACUAUAUCCUCCUGAUGUAUUAGAAGUCAUCUAAGCAUGGUGUCAUUUCAUUUUCUAAUUUGCAAGCUGGAAUAGGUGAGAGCCCUCCCCUCCCUCCUGCUAGAACAGAGAAUUGGGUUUUGGUGAGCUCUAUGCUACACUUAAAAACAAUCCUAUUGGACAAACUGUCCAUUUAUCUAGUUUGUUAUUUACUUACGUGGUCAUUCAAUGCCUUGUUCCUAAAUGGAUUUGAGGCAAAUAACUAUACAUUUUUUAAACAGUUUGUAUAUAAGAAAUGAUAUGUUGCCAUGUAAAUGUGUUCUUAUUCUUCCUCCCCCAGGGGAAAAGGUAGGAAAGUGGUGAGUUCCUUAGGGCAAAGACUUACCUUCUGUUUCUUCUCAUUCUUAAGAUAUAGUUUUUGCAAAGAAUCAGAUGCUCAGUAAUGUUUCCAGAAUCAUAAAAUCCUCCAGAGAUAACAUUACUCAGUAUCUGCUGCAUGAUAAGCA